CGCAGAGGUUCUUGUUCCAUAUGUGCAUGCACUCACAUCACUGAGGCGCACUGUUAGAGCGUCCAUGAAGGGCUCAAAUAAGCCAUCCGUGACUCUGAUGAUCGUUGGAAAGAGAACUCUUGCCUGAUUGCUACUCAAUAGCUAUUGAGUGGACAGUAAGCUUCCAAAUCAACUGAAAGAACAAUCAAAUUCUGGCUAUUUACGUUAGAGCGACUUUCGUUUGACAUACUGACAGUUGAUAACUGGGAGAAAGCAGAACUAUGGUGAGGCAAAGGGAGAAGGGCAACCCCGACAAGGAUAAAUAUGGGACCUGGAAGCAGAAUCUGCCCAUUAUGUACGACUGGAUAAUGAACCACAACCGUGGAUGGCCGUCUCAGAGCUGCAGGUGGGGGGAGGCAAUCGAAGACUUCAAGUACAAGAAGCGGCAUUAUCUGUACCUCUCAGACAGGACGGACCCCGAGGGAACCGACCCAAACAAACUGUCUGUGUGGACGCUUGACGUCACCAAGCCGCGGGUUGCACCAGCAGAGUCCUUGAAGUAUGAUGAGAAAGCCAAGAGCCCAAACAUCAAGCCAUACUCCACCAUCAUCCACCCAGGAGAGGUGAAUAAGAUCCGUGAGUGUCCGCAGCACCCGCACAUUGUGGUGACGCACACGGAUGCAAAGGAGCUGUAUGUGUGGGACAUUGAGAAGCAGCCCAACCGGGCCACCGACAAGCUGCAGAAGCUGUCUAUUCCGGACCUUGUUCUGGUGGGUCACGAGCAGGUGGCGGCCUUUGCGCUGGGCAUGAGCUCGGCAAAGACCCUUGUAGCCAGCGGCGGCGAAGAUCAGAAGGUGCGGAUUGUACCGAACAUAGACCAGGGGGAAAGCGCGGGGCCGGCCAAAUACUCGCCGCCUGCCCCGUCCCUGGCACCUAGGUUCAAGCUCAAGGGUCACAGCGCAACGAUAGAGGAUGUGGUGUGGCGGCCGGGCAGCACAGAAGAGCUGGCCAGCGUGGGCGAUGACUACAAGCUGCUGCUGUGGGACACGCGCGCGCAGCCGGGGCCGGCUGCCGCUGUGGAACAAGCGCACGGCCAACAGGACGUCCAGUGCGUGGACUGGAGCGCGCUGCAGGAACAUAUGCUCGUCACUGGGGCUGCGGACGGCAGCGUGAAGGUGUGGGACCGGCGGCAGCUGAAGGAAGCGGUGCACACCUUCAAGCUGCAUGACUCGGCCAUCAUGCGAGUGGAGUGGGCACCCUACAAGCCAGGUGUGUUUGCGAGCGGGGGCGAGGACAAGCUGAUAGCAGUGUGGGACCUGGAGCGCCAAGACAAGAUGCCCGGCGGCGGCGAGGAGGCCGGCCCGGAUGCGAAGAAGGCGCGCACCAUCGGCGCCUCGCUGCCGCCGCAGCUCAUGUUCCACCACGCGGGCCACCGCUCGCAGGUGGUGGACUUCCAGUGGCACCCGACGGAUCCCUACACCAUGGUCAGCGUGUCGGACGCCGGAGCAGGGGGCACGCUGCAGGUGUGGCGCAUCAGCGACCUCAUUUGGCGCCCCAUUGACGAAGUCCUGCGCGAGCUUGAGGAGCACAGGGACUACAUUCUGGGCGUGAAGGAAGAGGCGAGGGAGGCUGCGAGCGGCGCGAACACAGCUCCUGCUGCUGAUAAGCCAGUCAGGAGCGGAGUGACAGACACGACUGUUGUGGCGCCGGCAGCGCCAAAGGGCGCCAGCAAAGAGGAAGCUGCAGCCAGGGCUGCUGACAGUGCUGACCCCAUGGACGAGAGCUGAGUCAUCGCUGACAGAUGUGAUCCUGGCCCAUUCCGGCCAGUUUGCCUGCAGCUGCAGUAGCUGGCUACGUUGGCAUUUCCCUUCCUACUAAUGUGCCUGCAGCUGCAGAUAUGCCUGCAGCAGCAGUAGGUGGCUAUGUUGACAAUUUUAAGGCAGUCUCAUUAGACCCCCAAGUAAGAGGGAUUGAGUCAGGCAGCGAGGGUGUGCGGCCAGCCAGUGCUGCGUAGUCUCGGACUUAUUGAUUUGUCUCUUGGGCAGAGAUAUGCCCGUUGAUGCGCUGUGCAGCCUUUUACCUAUGCAUGUGGGUGAGUGGCAGGCUUGUGUGCUUUUUAAGGAAGGUUGGACUGCUUGGAUGUCACAUUGAUGACUUUGUUAUGCUUGGCAAAAUAAUUCUUUCAUAUGGAAGUGGUCCUUACAUCGAUCUAAUCUCAAAGAGAUCAAUAUACGAAACUCUGUUGCCAGUGGCAAAGCAAGAGCGAGUAAGCUCCCGUACAUAUGGUCCAGGGAUUACUGUAUUGCGUUUUGUAAGUGGCAAUUCAAUCCGGCUUGAAUGCAAGACAUACAAGACAAAUCUGCGCUGUGCGAGCGCUGAUGGCAAUUGGAAAAGUGUACUUCCAAGCACUUAUUGCAUGCAAGGCCUAUUUGCAAGGGUCCACAGCCGAUCCGACUUGAUUUACAAAGGAACACACCGAGAAUAUCACCAUGCUAUCAUGGGAAAUUUAAAGUUGUGUGCACAAUGCAAUCAUUCCAGGCCUCUGAUCAGAAUGACGUCAACCGGCUGCCUGACAGCUGGUAUCUACACCAAUGUGAAGAACUUCCUGACAGGGAUGGUGACCUUGAAGUGCGUCUGGCCUGGUGGGAAGUGCACAUAGUCUCCUGCAUUGAUCUCCACUGGCUCGCCACCUUCAUAUGUGACGUAGAACUGGCCAGCCAGGAUGUAUGCGUACUCGUCCUUGCUGUAAGUCCAGGGAAACUCGCUGGGAGCGCAGUCCCAGAAUGUCCACACCUUGGAUUUGCCAGCCACAUAAUCGUCCAGACUGAAGGCUGUCAGCUUCUGUAGUGCCUCGAUGGGCUCGCUCUUCGUGAUGGUGAUCUGGGGAGCCAUGGUGGUGGCAGGUCUUGCAAACUUUAUUCAGAAUCUCCGGUUUCGAGGGGUAGGUAAGGCGGAUCUCAACGAAGCACUCGCCAGCCGUAAGUUAUGCUUCAGAAAGAAAGUUUGUUGCGGGAAAGCAG